CACCUUAACUUCCACUUCUCACAGACACUGCAAACACACAGAUAUCAUCAGUACUACCUCUCCUGUAUUUGUUUCAGCCCCAUUUUUUUCUAACCUCACAACACCCCAUCUCCUAUCAGACACAGAUAGCCUUAUAUACCUAAAAAUCAUAUAGCUAUAACCAAGAGAGAACAAGAAGAAUGGGAAGAGGAAGAGUGGAGUUGAAGAGGAUAGAGAACAAGAUCAACCGACAAGUUACCUUCUCUAAAAGAAGGAAUGGCUUGCUUAAGAAAGCUUAUGAGCUUUCAGUGCUUUGUGAUGCUGAGGUUGCCCUUAUCAUCUUCUCCAGUCGUGGCAAGCUCUAUGAAUUUGGUAGUGCUAGUGUUACCAAAACCCUUGAGCGUUAUCAACGCUGCUGCUACACUCCACAAGAGAACAGCAUUGAACGUGAGACACAGAGCUGGUACCUAGAGGCGACAAAGUUAAAGGCAAAGUAUGAAUCCCUUCAACGCACUCAAAGGCAUUUGCUUGGGGAGGAUCUUGGGCCCCUGAAUGUGAAAGAGCUACAAAAUCUUGAGAAACAGCUUGAAGGAGCUCUUGCACUUGCUAGGCAGAGAAAGCAGCAGGUUUUGACAGAGCAAAUGGAAGACCUGCGCAAAAAGGAACGUCACCUUGGAGACUUGAACAGGCAUCUCAAACUUAAGCUAGAAGCAGAAGGACAAAAUCUUAAAGCCAUUCAAGACUAUUGGAACUCUGGUGCAGCAGAUGGAAGUAGCAACUUCCACUUGCAUCGUGCUCAAUCCAGCCAGAUGGACUGUGAUCCAGGGCCUGUCUUACAAAUUGGGUAUCAUCACUAUGUUCCAGCUGAAGGAUCCUCUGUGUCUGCUUCAAAAAGCAUGCCUGACGAGACUAACUUCUUCCAGGGAUGGAUCCUUUGAAGUUUGAACACUUCUUCAAAUCAAGGCAUUCAGUAACAUGCCCAGCCCUACAUAUUUGGAAUGCCUGAAUGGUUUUUUUAUUGGAUUUUCUUGUGUUUCAACUGCAUGUUUAUAUAAAUAGGCUGUUAUGUAACUAAGACAUGAAACUUCUUCUAAACAGCAUACUUUAGAAGACACACUAUGUCAUUGUAAUAAUUUAAGUCUGAACUAAAGUAAUGUAUUCCUUUCUGUCUA